CGGAAUUAGAAGUGUGUAGCGGGGAUUUUUUGAGCCGCAUUGCUAGUUGUUCUUUAGUGCAAUUUUCAUAGUAGCUUGGCGAUACGAACGAUGACACUCUUCGCUAACAGUAGCACUUUGAACAUCAGUUGACAGUUCUGGGUCUUUGGUAGUAACAAGUAGAACAAAAUAUAUCAUGGCACCUGCGGCAGCUUCCGGUGGCAGUAAAAGGGGAGCCUCUAGAGCACCCUCUAGGGCACCCUCUAGAGCACCUUCAAGGAAAGCAGCAGCGAAGCCCCCACGUCAGCGAUCACAGAAACUGAUAUCAGCUGAGAAAAUAGAGGUGACAGAGGUUACUCCAGCGACACAGCAAAACAAAGUAGAGCAAGGCGACACAUCAAUAAAGGCGACUUCAACGAAAAGUAGGAGUAGGAAAGCAUCUACUUCGAAGGGCACUACUCCGAAUAAAGCGGACGAAGCAGUAGUCGAGCGCGAGCUCGAGCAAGAAGUUACGGAACAAAGAGAUGCUGUUGAGCGACAAGUGCAACAGAAUGGCGCUGCAGAACGGUCUCCCUCUUCGUCGUGCGAUUCCACUGCAAAGAGCCCGCUGGCUGGAAAGCAUACAAAUAAGAGCGUCUCCAUGCUGACCGUUGCGAGGGAACAACAGUCUUUGAAGGCGGCCACUUCAAGAGAUGUUAGUUCGACGAACUCUAGCAAACAAGUUCCUAGUAUCGCUCGGCCAGAUGCCGCCACACCAUCUUCACCGUCACAACCAAGGACGACGACACCUUCUACAAGAGAUAGCAUUGCUAGAUCAUCGCCAGCCUCCCUAGAGCAAGUCCGUGACGAACGCCUAGGCCUCAAACCCAUCACCGACGCCAGGGAAGUAGAACGGCUAUUACAGCUGACCUGUGACUACUUAAGGUUCCAUGACCGGCGACUACAGUUUCCAGGUGCACAGCCUGUCACGCUGACGCAAGAAGCCUUGAAGGAUGUGUUGAAUCCAGAGGAAUAUCUUGUCUGUGAAAAGACUGACGGGGAACGUUAUCUUUUUCUAGAACAUCGUGGAAGAUGCUAUCUGAUGGACCGAAAAAACCAAAUAGCAGAAAUCACGAAGUGGUACGAACCGGCUAGGAGGUUGAUUUCUCUUAGAAGUACAGCUACUGUUGGAGGAGCAUCUUCUAGUUCAUCAUCAUCUUCUAGUUCAUCAACCAGACAUCAAAGUCCCAAUUCAGUCCUGUGGCCAUCGUCUCUACGAUCCCGCGGGGACUGGCUGGUAGAUGGCGAGCUCGUCCUCGACCGUUACGAAAAUGGGGAGGUGGUUUUGCGAUUCCUGCUCUUUGACUGUAUGAUCACUGAUGGUUGCGACGUCAGUCAGUAUCACUUGGUGCAUAGGCUGCAGACGGCGAAAAAUUUCAUAGCCUUGUGGAGGUUAGUGGCUGAUGAAUUCGGACAAAAUCAAAACUCGCCUUUACUUCUACCUGGUUUCGAGAUCAUGAGUAAGGAUUUCUUCUUCCUGCGUCAAUUGCCAAGACUGUUGCGGAGGUUGCCAGGGUAUAGAAAAUAUGUAGUGGACGAGACGGAACAAGAAAUGGCUAUCUGCGACGACGAUGAUAUCCUCUAUUCUCGUCAUGAGACCGAUGGUUUAGUCUUCACGCCACUCCGCGAUCCUUAUCUGCCCAGCACCUGUCCUCGCUUGCUGAAAUGGAAGCCGCCACACUUGAAUACCAUUGAUUGCACGGUGCAGGUGGAUGAUGUGCCAGAGUCUGAGUCAGAAGAGCUAGAGACUUCGUCAGCUUCAUUUCCUUCUUCCGCGAACUCGUUCAAUCUUUCCCUCUACAUUUUAGACGAGAAGCAGUUCCUUUUCCUGUGUCGCGCCCAAACGAGCCUCGAAGAACUAGCAGCCUUAUUAGGGGAGCAUUUCCCAGAUGAGUCCGCAGCUUUGAAAACAUCACGGGAGAAAAGAGACUUUGUGAAGCGUGUAGUGAUCGGAAAAGUGUGGGAAUGUAGACCUUGCAUGAACUCUUCUGCUCAGCGCCCUGCCGCGACCUCCUCAUCGUCCUCUACCAUUACCUCUGUCUCGUGGAAACUGUACAAACCCCGUUUGGAUAAAGCCUUUCCAAACGCGAGAUACACUGUGGAACGCAAUGAGGUAGCUAUACGCGACAACGUCCGGGUAGAACAGAUAUUGGGGAGGAGUGGAUGGACAUGGACACAGGCGACAGCGAAAAGGAGUGCGCCUGCGAUCGACAUCAUUAGACAGGGGGCGGUAUCUUCUCACGCGAUGGACAACAUCAGACAGGAGAGGACAGGGUCUACCUCAGCUCUUAUGAUGAACGGCGUUGAGAAUAACAUUAACAUGUUCAGCUCGAAUUGUUCUAGUACGGGGAGAGGACCCGUCGCUGGAGGAACGUCAAAGCGUCCACAAGAAGAAGCGUCGCCAUCCUCCGCGUCCAAGAAGCAACGCUUUGAUUCAACAUCGCGUCUCACUCCAAGCCUAGAAGAGAGUACCAAGGACGGCGAACACCCUAGUGCUACUUCUUCUUCUAAAAAAGAAGUCAAUGGUUCCAAAGAACAAGCUGUAAAACGAGUGGCAGAAAGUCCCUCUACGACUAGAAACGCGCUGCAACAACUCCUGCUCGAAGAAGAGGAAACAAAUUUAGCCGAGUUCGAAGAGGAUAUUUCCCCUCGUUCUACUCGAUCAUCUUCAAGCAAAACGAAGAGCUCUUCACCCAAAAACAGAGCCUUCUCAGCAAUGGAUGAAACUAUGGCAGCACUGGAGGAAGACGAGGAUCAAGUUUGGGACGAUAGUGCGGGACAAGAUGAUGACCUUUCUGAUUUGUGGAAUCUGAAGCCUUCUUCUCGACCGAAUUCUGAGCCAAAGGGCCGGUCUGUAAUUCCAACAUCAAUUGGUCGUGGAGCAAAAAAUGGCGAAGUAGUAGCGGCCACUCCAUCGGUACAACAAGACAACCAAGAGCAACAAGCAGAGGUGAUAGAGAAUCACAACAACUCGCUAAAGAACCACAACAACUCGCCACCUGCCUCUGCUUCGAAGACGUCCUCAUCGAAGAAAAGAGUCACGUUCAGUGAAGAAGUGUCGUUCAAUACAGCAAACGCAGAAGAAGCACAUCAAGGUCAUAACGCUGUGGGCGACAACGAAGACUUAGAUGAAGAAGACUUAGAGGGAUGGGAUGAUAUCGAGCCCGUUGAUGCGGAUGCGGAUCAGGUUGAUGCCGAACAAAACAAGCAAAUAGAUGUUCAUGCGGAUCAUGUGGGUCAUCAUAACGAAGAUGAGGUGGGUCAUCAUAACGAAGAGGAGGAUGCUUUUGAUGGUGAAGAUGAACAAGAGGGUAAUGAGGAGGAUCAGCAUGCCGUAGGAGAGGGAGAAGCCGUCUACGAAGAUGACGAGGAGCAGGCAGAGGGUGACGUGGAGUACGAAGAGGAAGCUGCAGAGGCUGACGCCGUCUAUGAAGAUCAUGAGGAGCGAGCAGAAGAUCAACAUGAGAAUGAACAAGGCGAAGCGCAAAAUUUGGAAGUUGAUGAGCUAGGAGAUGAGCCGCCCUCUGACGACGAUGAUGAUUUUUAUCAUGGACCCUAUUAAAUAUGUGAUUUGAAAGAGAGGGAAACGACCUCUUGAAUACGAUCCCCAUAGAUACAAGACUAUCUCCCACUUUACAGUCUUCCCAAACCUACUAAUUGAGAACGCCCAAAUUUGUUCUUUCGAUGUUAUUCCGAAUUCACGAUUUCCCUUUUUCACCAACUAAAACUGAAAGCGGGCGCGGG